GUGCCCCGUUUCCCCUGCAGGUCUGCUUGUGCUCAAUUUCUCCGGGCUUCAGGGUCAGCGGCGCGCAGAGACAUCAAGGCAGAGACAAAGCCUGUUAAAAACUUUGGGGCUUUAUUUUCUUAAACUCCCCUGCCUCCCUUUAAGCUUUUGUUCUCCAGCCUUUCCUGCAAACCUGUAUUGCAGCUCAGACGAGGUGACCUGGGGUGUGAUGCACCUCUGCUUUGUAGCACCUUCCUCUGAUUGCACAGUGCCCGGGGCCAGGUGAAUCAGAGACCUGCUGGGAGCAGAGAUGCUUGUCUCAGUUCCUGAGAGGUGCAGGGCUGACCUCCCUGCGGCCAGCACAGUUACUCUGGCCCUCACUGGAGUGGGGUCAGUGGUUUCAACUGCUGGCAGCAUCAGCUGCCAUGAAGUUUAAGAAUUUAGUAACAAAGUGGUCAGGGCACCCUGUCUUUUGUUCUCCUGUCUCCUCGUGGUUGAAAAGCCAUUCCUGACAGCACCUAAAGGGAGUACACAUAGGUAGUUAAUCUGCCUUGGCUUUUGGCUUUAAAAUCUGUUCUCCUAAGCAAUGAAUCGUUUACUGCUAGCCUUGUUCUUAAGGGUCUUUCCCCACUUCCUGGGGUUCUUUCUCUGACAAACUUUUGAUUCUCUUUAUAGCCUUACCUACAAGUCCCUUGUCCCAGUAUUUCAGAGUGUUCCCAGAUUUCAAUGCCUGAGAAGGUGUGUAGAGGUUUUCUCUGUAGAUCUUUUGGGUCCCUGCAGCAAAUUAAGGCAGAUUUAGACCCAGAGGAGCUGUUGAAAAGCUUGUCCAGCUUAAUGAUUAACACCUUGCAAUGCUAGGGAGUGUCAGGACAAAGAGACCUCUGGACUCCUGAGCUCUCCUAAAAGAAGCCCUUGCACAAAACACAUCCCUUUACUUGAGAGAGGAUUAAUUCUCUCUCAGGGAAUUUCAAUGGGUCUGUGAUCAAGUGUGUUGCCCUGGCUGCUUCAGCCUCCUGGCACCCUGCCUUAAAUGCCAUGAGCAGGAGAGAUGCAGAUCACAAGGAUCUUUGAUCCUCAGAAACCAGCAGUGAACUUGCUGCCAGUUAACAGAAGGAAGGAGAAAUGCUGGGAGGGAAUAGAUGUGUGUGUGCUGGCAGGGGCCACCUUUCCUCUGUCAAGACAAGUAUCUGCCCUUGAGCAGCUGAGAUUUUUUGGUCCAUGCACAGAUCUGCUGCAGAUAAUGCUAAUGCUCAGUGGAGAGCAGCUCAAAUGGGCUUUCACAGACACUUUGCCUGGAUAUGAACUCUUAUUUGGGCUCUAAAUGUGAUUUUAAUGGAUAAUGAGGAGUAAAAGAGAAAGGUAAAUUAAGCCUUGUGUUAAUUUGCUGUUUGGUGAGGAAACCUCAUUACUGGUCUCUCUGUGGCCACCAGCAGCAAGGGAUGGGGCAGCCAGCAAGGCUGUUGUUUCUCCUCAGUCCGUGUCUGAUGCUGCAGGGACACAUGGGGCAAUGCACAGCCAGAGGAUGACAUCAGCAUUUGGCUGGCAUGGGGAAGGGAGUUAAUGUAGUGAAAAGCUGUUCCACCCAGAUGCCCUGCUCUCUCCAGGACAGAGAGCAGCUUCCACAGUUUGGAGAUGUGUCAAACGCUAAGCAAAUAGAAAUGAUGGCUUGCCAGUGGCAAAUCUACAGUGAUGGAGGAGCUGGCUGGCAGAGCUCACCUUCCCUGCAGGAGGUGAUGAGAUUGCAGGGGAAUCACAAGCUGACAGAUAGUUUGAAUGUGACACUGUCCUUCCCUUCCUCCUGCCUGGGGAAAAGUUAGAAAAUGCUGCUUGUAUGACACCUUAAUCUAGGGGAAACAGGAGCUAGAGUUCCACAGUUCAUGUUUUGACCUCUCUGUUCUUUCUGUGACAGCCCUGUCUCUUCUGCUAGCCAAAGUGUUCACUUUCCCUUGCAGGUCAGAGGCUGCUGGCUGUUUCAGCCCUUGGUGCCUUGCCAGCGGUGGCAGGAGUGCAGAAGCCCACCUCACAAGGCAGAGGGGCUCAGCCCUGGCAGCCUGUGCCCCAUGUCCCUCCGCGAGCACGCGCUGUCCCUGUUCCGCGGCGCCCUGGGCACCGUCCGCCCCGCUCCCAUGCUGAGGAGGGCUCUGAAGCUCCAGGGAGAUGGGAGCCCUCAGCUGCUGGUCAAGGGCCAGGCCUUUCCACUGAAGAGGGACCACCUGUACCUGGUGGGUUUUGGAAAAGCUGUGCUGGGGAUGGCUGCAGCAGCAGAAGAGAUCCUGGGAGAGCACCUCACUCGGGGGAUUAUCAAUGUGCCACUGGGGAUCCAGGAGAGCCUGCAGCGAGCAGGAAUGCAGGAGAUGCUGCUGAAGCCACACAGCAGAAUCCAGGUCAUCGAAGGUGCCAAGAACAACCUCCCAGAUGCAGAGGCUCUGAAGGGAGCAGUUGCCAUCCAGGAGCUGGCUGAGAGUCUGACUGCAGAUGACCUGCUCCUUGUGCUCAUCUCAGGGGGUGGAUCAGCCCUCCUGCCUGCUCCCAUCCCUCCCAUCCUCCUGGAGGAGAAGGAGAAGCUCACAAAGCUGUUGGCUUCCCGAGGAGCUGCCAUACAGGAGCUGAACAUCGUCCGGAAGACUCUGUCUGUGCUGAAGGGUGGAGGGCUGGCCCAGCUGGCACAUCCUGCUCGGGUGGUGAGUCUCAUCCUGUCUGAUGUGAUAGGUGACCCCCUGGACAUCAUAGCGAGUGGGCCCACUGCUCCCAGCUCCCACAGUGUCCAAGACUGCCUUCAGAUACUCACCAAAUACAACCUGCUGCACAGCCUGCCCAAGUCAGUGGAAAUGGUCCUCUCCAGCUCUCCCACCAAGCCCACUGCUCCAGAAAACUACUCCCACGUUUCCAACAUCAUCCUUGGCUCCAACAGGCUGGCUCUGGAGGAGGCCAGGUGCCAGGCUGAGGGCCUGGGCUAUGCAGCCCUGGUGCUGAGUGCAGCAGUGCAGGGGGAAGUGGGCCAUGUUGCCACCCUGUACUGCCAGCUGAUCCAGCUGCUCUGCCUGGGCUUCAGCAGCCUCGCAGAAGGGCCCCUGGGGGACGAGCUGAGGGGCAAUCUCCUGCAGCUGGCAGCAGAGCUGCAGAUCCCAGGCUUGCACCUGGAGGAGUUCCUACAGGCCCUGAGAGGAUUGGGGCCUGACAGACCAGUCUGCAUCCUGGCUGGUGGAGAAACCACAGUCCAGCUCCAAGGAACAGGAAAGGGAGGGAGAAACCAGGAGCUGGCCCUGCGUGUGGGGCUGGGGCUGCACAGGGCCCAGGCCACAGGAGCCAGCAGCCCUCAAGGGAGGUGUGAGAUCCUCUUCCUCAGUGGGGGAACAGACGGGCAGGAUGGGCCAACGGAGGCAGCAGGAGCCUUCUGCAGCCCAGGGCUGGUGGCUGAGGCACUUCAGGAGGGCCUGGAUGUGGAUGCCUUUCUCAGGAACAAUGACUCCUACAUGUUCUUCAGCCAGUUUCAAGGUGGGCAUCACCUCCUGGUGACAGGCUUGACAGGCACCAAUGUCAUGGACAUCCAGGCCAUUUUAAUUAGAGCCACGGAGAGAUCAUGAGAGCUCCCUCUGCAGACACCCAGAUGCACUUAAUUAGGAGCAGGAGUAAAUGAAAGGACCAAUGCUGUGGACAAAUGCAAACUACUUAAAUUAGGGCUCACUGUUGAGGCUGCCAGUGUCUUUGACAGAAAGAAUCCACUAAUUAGAUACAUCAGUGGACAUCCACAGCAAAAACAAGCACUUGUAAUUGGUGGGAUCAGAGGAAGGUAAGAGGUCACAUUACAGACAAGGAAACUGGAUUUAAGGCUUGUGACUGCUCCAGCUAUGGUUAAUUUAAGAGAUGUAGGGAAGUUGAGGCCAUUUGCAGGGCUACCAUGGAGAGCCCUUGCUGCACUGUUGCACUUGUGGUGCUCCCAGCUAAGAGCAGCUCAGCAGUGGGGUUUUAGGGGUCCACUGGAGCAAAUUACAGCAAGGCCUGCUCACAUGAAGCAUGGAGCUGCUGGGGGGAUGUGCUGGGAAGGGGACACCCAGCACCUGCUCCACAAGCCAGCACAGUGCCCUGCAGCUCUUCCCACAGCAGGGUACUGAGAUGACAGAGACCCCAGGCCCAGCAGGAUGCACAGCAGGAGUGUGGCUAAGAAGCACACUGGCACAGAGAAGUUCUUGAUACUGGCUGGGUGACACAAGCAGUGCACAGUGACAAAGAGGACGACAUACCUUCACUGUACAGUGUAAGGAUGGGGAUGAAUGAAGCGCAGUGACAAGCCAGCUGUGUGGAGUCCUCCUCCAGCCUCCUUCCCUCCACAGCAACAUCUUCCCUGCUGGUCCCUGUUGGGAGAGCCUGUGUGCCAGCAGCUUGUAUGCUAUGAGCUUUCAUGGUGUUGUUUUCCAGCUGUAGAAAACUGUCGUGCAUCCAGCCUGAGCCACUGACCUUUCCUCUGCACUGAGGCAGAAGUUGCUGUCAUUCUGAUUAACUCUGCUAAUUCCACAGAACAAAAGACAAGGAAACCUUCGUGCUCAGCUCUCCUGACCCAUACUGCUGAGCUGAUCAAAGGGCAGAUCUGCCAGAGCUGUGCUCUGACAGGGAGCUGCUCCCCCCACAUGCACGAGGACACAGUUUUUGUCACCUACUGCAGUGUGGUAUGUGGGAGAGCAGAGAUGAGCUCGGUUUCCCAGGACAGGGAGCUCACAGUGGGGCUGGAUUUCAGGAGGGCUUUGCCUGCAGCAACAGGCACACUGAUGGUUUGGCUGGGUAUUCAAAGGGCUUUAGCUCAGCAGCCAGGAUGACCCAGCACGUCCAACUCCUUUUGAAUAUCCGUCUGUUUGUUACAGAGUCUAAGUGGGAGCUGAGCUCCUUUGAAAAUCCAGCUCUAAUGUAAUAGGACACGCUUGACUCAGACUCUUUCCAGACAGCCCGACCUACUCCGUGUGCCUGAUCUCAUCUCGUGACAUAAAUACACCCUUGUGCCAACAGCCUGUGGUGUCUCACUGAACAGUCACUUGUUCUGCACCCCACUUCAAGGUGGAUCAGAAGGUGGGGUUUUGUGGAGGAUGCAAAACCUCCUAUUUUGGUUUUGAAGCCAGUAUCUAACAAGUAGGGAUAUCAGCAGGACCAUCGUGGGGCCUGCUGUCGAUGCCAGGCUGGCAGCUGGACAUUCUGGGCUACAGCCCAGGCUCAGAAUAAGGCACAACCCUGGGAAUUUCAAAACCCCACUCUUGCCUGGUGGUUUAAACUCAUCCAUGCAUCUCAUUUGUCCUCAGAGUCUGAAGGUCUUUUGUAACAUGCCUGAACUUGCUCACAGUGGCAAACAGCUCUGAGAUCUGCUGGGGAAAAUCUGCCAAGCAUUACAGAGCUCGCUGUGCCCCCUGUAAUGUCAGGGGUGGUUGUGCAGGAGAAGCUGCUUUGUGCCCUGUGUUUUUCUCCAGAGGUCGCUGGCAGGUCGCCUGCUCCAUGCCCAGCAGGGCAGCUCCACGGGGCACUAACACAGCCACAGGUGUGGGCUGCAGCAGGACAGCUGGGUGAGGCUGGCUCCACACUGCUGGGUGCUCCCUGGGCCAUUCUGCUCCAGCAGAAUGCAGAGUGACUCCCUUUCAGGCUGGGGUGCCUGGCAGAAGGGUCACUUCAGCAGCAGACCAGUGUGCCAGCCUGGGCACACUGCCACCACUGCCACAGGGCCACCACAACCCCCUGCCCACAGCUCUGCCACACUGCUGAGCACCACCCUGGACCUGGAGCUGCUGCUUGUGCUGCCUCCCAGUCAAUUCCAGAGGACCUUGGGCUAGUGCUGGCUGGCUUCUCCUGGGAAAUGCCUGCUCCAGGUAGCCCCAGCAGUGUCCUUGCUUCCUGAAUGGUGGCUUUUCAUAACGAUUAAAGAGUGUGUGUUGGGGAGGAGAGAAGUCUAAUAAAAGCUUUGUUGAAAGGAUGGAGCUGUUUGAAGUGCAUUUCCCAUCUACCUUUGCUUGGCUGCCAUAUAUGGAUUUUUGUUCUUGUCCUUUCUUUCCUAAUGAGGAGAUGACAGGCCAGGGGGAGGUUCAGCAAGAACACCCAGGCUACAGAAAUACUUCUCUGAUGCUUCUGCCUGGAUAACUCAAAGCUCCAUUUCCAAGGAGUUGCUUUAGUGGACCCUGUGCAACUUCUGCCUAGGGACAAAAGGAGCACUGGAGUGUGCUCAGCCCUCCCAGACAAAGCAGCAUCUCAUUCCUCUGGACAGUGCUCAGCAGGGAAUUGUCUGCUAUCACUCCAGCCCAAGGCCAGCUCCCUCUGACCUGCAGUGCCUUCACAAAAGGUCAAAAGGCCCCAUGCAUGAGCCAACAUACCUUUGGGCCCCACUGGCCAGGUUUAACAGGAUUUGUGAGAUAACACAAAUCUUAAGACACGAGAGAGAGCAUGGCUUACCUGCCUGGUAAUGAUUUGCCUCUGGGCUGGCAGGGCUUGGCAGGAGCAAUGACUUUCCCAUUGGGAACUCAAGUGAGUCACCAGAGCUGAGCAGGCUUUGCAGCUUGUCCUGGAUGGGAUAUUGCCCUCAUGAGAGUAAAGCUGUGCAAAUGAAGACACCAGAGUGUGGCUGCAGUCACAGUGAGCAGCCCCAGUGUGUGGGCUGUGCUGGGACCGGCUCUGUGCCACCCUGGCUCUGGUGCUUGUGCCUAAGGAGAAAAGUCACAGAGAGAGUGAGGACAGUAAGAGACACAGGGACUUGAUGCUCACAGUCCCUUCCCUUUUUAUCAGAAAAGCAGAACUUUCUACACCAGCCAGCCUUCAGGAAGGAGCCAGGUGGGUGAAGAUGGCCAGCAGCUCCCCAGCCAUAUCCCUACACAUGGGCAGGGGACAGUGGGUGGGGAAAACGUGCUCAGAUGCUGUGUGGGGAGCAGGUGAACAAAGUCUGGGCGUGUUCAGGGUUGAUUUGCUCUCCCAGGUCGGCAGCUCGUAGCCAAACAGGGCUAACGGCCGGGGGAAGUAACAGCGUUAUUAACAGCACGAGCUUCUGGCAGUAAAUUAAAAAUCUUGGCUGCCGCCCUUGGCUCUGCUCUUGCCUCUUAGAAGACAUUAAUAUCACAGCUCCCCAGCAUUCCCAUUAUCACUUCAUUAAGGAUCCAAUAAUGAUAAAUGUGGAUGGUUUUAUUUUGCACAGAGCCUGAUUAAUGGCCAAUAAUUCACUAGGUGUUAAUGGGGCCCUUCCUUUAUGGAGGCAUUGGAAGGGGCUGCCUUUCAUCUCCUCCACAAGCCACAAUUUUCACCAUUUUCGCUAAUGUGACAGAUAUAACACAAACCUUGAAAGAGUGGCUGAGGCCUCUUGAGAAACCUUGAAGAGCAUCGUGCCUGGGGCAGCCCUUGCUGUUGUGGCCAUUCCUCAGCAUCUUUUUCCUCUUCCUCCUCCCCUGUGCUGCUGGCAGUGCCUGCAUAUCCCAGGACAGUCAGGGACAAAAGCAGAGCAGCAGAUUCCCCAGGGAUCAGCCCACCAGUGCAGUCACUGGGGCUCUCCACACAGAUGUGGUGCAGAACCAGGCCCACCCUUGCAAGGGGCUGCAGUGCAAGGAGUGGGCUUGUGCCAGCGUCACCCCAAAGCAGCCUGGCACCCCUCACCUGCAUCCCAAGAGUGCUGGAGAGCCUGGGAUGCAGGAUGAGCUCAGGCUGAGGCCAGCAGUCCCCCUCCAGCCCCUGAGGACAGCUCUGGUGGCUCCUCUGAGGCCGGCUCCCGUGGCACAGGGGCUGCUCUCUGCCGCAGGAGCCCGGCGUAGUGCACGGCUUCAAUCCCUAUAUGAAGUGGGAUGUAUAAUCACAUAGGAAUAAAAAGCCAUACAAGACAGCAGGCUGGGAGAUGCUCCGUGCUGGAGGAUGAUGGGACAGUCCCUCUGCCCGGGCUGCCACGGCCCUGCUGGGAUGGAGCCGGACCCCAGGGAGCCCCAGGAUCCCCCCAGCCCCUGCAUGGCGUCUGUGGGGACACACAGGAGCCCUGCAUCAAGCAGAGGAGAGAGGCGAUGUGUCAGCCAGGAGAAAGCUUGGGAGGCCCCAGAGCUGCUGCAGAGGGAGCCCCAGGAGGUGCCAGCACUUGCUCCCAGCUCUCCCAGCUAACAAGGGCCUCCCAUCCCAACUCCCUGAUAGGGGCUGCGACAAGACUUGGUCUGUGCAGCACCCAGACCUCCUUCCCUCUCACAGUGCCCAUGUGGGAGCACCACCCUGCAGGAGCUCCUCCAGCCUGGGAACCCUCUGCUUGUACCACCACUGUCCCCCAAGGCUUUACCAGCCCCACCAAGGCAGUGGGCACCACAACCCUCCAGCCCCACCAAGGCAGUGGGCACCACAACCCUCCAGCACCAUCACAAACACCUGGUGAAGGGAGAAAAAGGAGCCAGCCUCCUCCCUGUGGCAGUCAGAGCAUCCUUCUCCAUCUUACCAGGGAGAGGAGCCCAGCAGCUGGAGCGAGCAGUUGCAGGGAGCUGUCAGCACCCAGCUGUCAGAUCCCAAAUCCCCUGGCAGCCCAUUAGGAGCAGCUCCUGGCUGCCUGCAGGAGCUCUUGACAGGGGACCAGGCACUAACAUGGAUCCUCCUCUAAGGAGGUGGAUGUGGGUGGAGGGAAAGCAGGGAGCUGUUCCUCAGUGAACACUCAGAGAGCAGCACUGGCACAACCAGGGCAGGGAGCCCACCCAGGCAGUGCUGGGGAUGAAGCCAAGGGUGGCCAGCAGAAAGAGCUGUUUGUGCCACCUCCUCUCCCCCUGCCUUUCUGCUCACAUCCCAGCAGCGAUUCUGGCAUCCACGGGAUGGCAGAGCUGGAGCAGUGCCUGGGGCAGGAGAGAAUGGGUGCUGGGUGCAGGCUCAUGCAGUGCAGCCCAGACUGAGAAGGAAGGGUCUUCUAGCUAAAAAAAAAAA